CAAUCUGUGCAUGACACAGCGGUGUGUCAUUUUAAAAUUUAAUCAAACCACUAAUACACUUGGUCGUCUCCAACAAGGCAUUUAUGUUCCUAAUGACCUUGUCCAAUGGACCAUUAUUUAUACAGGCUUCCUGAGAGUGGUCACCUCUUGUUAGCUUCCACAAGAAACAGAAGAUCGGAAGAAGAAACACUGAAGGGACAAAGUUCAGACUAUGCCCGCUCUAGAAGAACAACCCAAUCGUGGGCAGAACAUAACCGAGAGAGGAGCACUUUGCAGCAAAAUGUAGUUUUUUCUGCCUUUUUCCAUGCAAUACAUCUGCUUGGCUGAUUUAAUUGGCCGAGUGUAGACUGAGGGACCAAUGGAGCAGGUCGGGGAGGAUUUGAACCUCUCCUUUCUGCUGGAACAUGAAAGAGACAUUAUCCUGAAAGUGCUGCAGAAAGAUGAGAAAUUGAGGAAACGAGAGGAGAAAAGGAUACGGAAGCUUAAGAAUGAGCUGCUGGAGAUCAAACGAAAAGGUUCCCGUCGAGCCAAGGAGCUGGAGGAGCGACAGUGCGCUCGCUGCCUGAAGAGUUUGGGACUCAUCUUUGACCGCGGAGAUCUCUGCAAGGAGUGUCAGCUACGCAUCUGUAGCGACUGCCGUGUAACAAAUCCCAAAGCACGCCAGUGGAGGUGUAACGUUUGUGCCAAGAUCUCGGAGCUGAAGGUGGUAACAGGAGAGUGGUUCCUAGAGGAGCGGUCCAAGCGCUUUGAGCAGGGAGUGCCAAGUGGUGACGUGAUCAAACAGACAAUCAUGAGUAGUCCAAUCAUCCCAGAAAAAAAGUCAACAGAAAACCAGUCAGCCACUUCUGAGUCAGAGAGACCCAACACCCCGAAAUCCAACAGAAGUGCAAUACUCAACAUUGUGGAUGGUGCCAGGAAGAAAGGAAGGAUGAAGAUGGAUAAAAAAGGCAGCCGAACGACCUUAAAGCCAGAGAACGAAGUCAACAGCGUCAGUGUCAAAUCCGCUUCGGAUGGAGAGACUCCUAGCGUACGGAGCGUUCGCUCUGCUCAGAGUCCACGUUCAAACAGGGGCGGUGCGGUGGCCUUGGAGUCCUCGGGGAUGCCUAUGGUACCCAACAACCUGCGUUUCCAAACUCCGGACAGAUCCUCCAUUACGAGCGAAAACCGGAGGGUCAGGCCUGACGGAGCGGAGAGUGUUGCCAGCGUACACCCCAGUGACAGUGCGCCUGAGAAAAAAGCUACGGGCCAUCACAGGACGAAUUCGGACGCCCCGACCAUUUCUGUGUCCAGGGCCUCGGUUUCAUCAGAUCACAGUCGCUCAGAGAUGGACCUGUCAGCUCCUGGUUCUGAACCCAGUGACGACGCCCCCAGUCUCAGGAGCCGUUCAGUCCCCAGGCUUAACAAAGAGGAGUUUUCUGAUGAGGAUGCGGAGGAAGACAUCGAUGCCCUGAUGUCGGCUCACAGCAAGACUGCCAACCGACGCUUAAGCAACACGCUGUCAACGUCUUCCACCCCUGGCUCAGAGAGAAGGUGGGGGUACCUCAAUGUCCCCGACUCAGAUGCUGAGACUAGUAGUAUAAACAGCAUGAUGAGCAUGUACAGUGAGACUGGUGACUAUGGCAACGCCCGGGUGAGCGGCGAGAUCCUGCUGAACAUCAGUUACAGCUACAAAACCGGGGCUCUCAACGUCCUGGUGAAAGAGUGUCACAACCUGGCAACAGGAGAUGAGAAGAGGCAACGCACAGACACUUAUGUAAAGACUUACCUGCUGCCAGAUAUGUCAAGACAGAGCAAGAGGAAGACAAGCAUCAAGCCCAACACCAUUAACCCUGUUUUCAAUGAGAACCUGAGGUACGUGAUCAGCCACACGCAGCUGGAGACUCGAACUCUGCAGGUCUCCGUGUGGCACCACGACCGGUUUGGACACAACAGCUUCCUGGGAGAGGUGGAGCUGACCUUUGACUCCUGGGAGUUUGAUUCCCAGAUAGAGGAGUGGUACGCACUGCAGCCCAAGGUGGAGAGCAAUAUAGACUCCACAAUGCAGUAUAAAGGAGAACUGACUGUCGUGUUGAAGUACAUACCUGCAGAGAAGAACCUCAUGCUGCCGCUGGACCAAGUACAAGUGAAGAAAGGGUUCCUGAAAAGCAAGAAGAAGAGCAGCUUCACUCUGCCUAAAGGGGGCAUGGUUGAGCUCCUGGUCAAAGGAGCCAAAAAUCUAACUGCUGUCAAGUCUGGAGGCACUUCAGAUCCUUUUGUGAAAGGAUACCUCCUCCCUGACAGCAACAAGUCAACCAAGCACAAGACGGUGGUGGAGCGACGCACUGUGAACCCGCAGUGGAACCACACCUUUACCUACUGCGGGCUGCAGCCAGGAGACCUCAACAACGUCUGCCUGGAGCUCACCGUGUGGGACAAAGAAGCCCUGGCCAGCAAUGUCUUCCUGGGAGGGGUCAGGCUCGGAGCUGGCACAGGCACAAGCUAUGGGAACGAGGUAGACUGGAUGGACUCAUACGGGGAGGAACAGCGGCUAUGGCAACGCAUGAUUGAAAACCCAGAAGUCCCUCAUGAGUGUACUCUGAUGCUGCGAUCCAGCAUGCGCAAGUUCAACACAUGAGCCAAAUCAAAGCACAGACAAGAGAGGAUAAAAAAUAAUAAAAGAGGGGGGAAGAGGUAAUGUGAUGGCGGGAGGAGAGAGCUGGAGAAGUGGAAUGGUCAAGAAAAACAGAGGGUCCAGGACUCAAAUGCUCAUAAAGGAAGCAAUACUGUCCCUCUCCCUAUUACUUCUUCUUUCCUCCUGGGAUGCCCUGUUCAGCCAGUCAUGCCUUACAUACUCAUCCACAUGUCGUCGUCAUU